AUGGAACUUUGUACCAAUCCUAGUUUAGUAAUCCCAUAUGGAUCUCAUUCUUCAGGACAGUGUGGUUAUUGUAAAAAUAGUUCUGACGACAAAAAGACGAAUUGGGGUAUGAUGGCUGAACGACUUACUGUUUCAGAUUAUCAAUAUAUGAUCGAUCGAGGAUGGCGUCGAUCAGGUACUUACUGUUAUAAACCUUUAAAUGAUAUUACUUGUUGUCCAUCAUAUACUAUUCGAUGUGAUGCAUUACAUUUCCAUUUAAAGAAAUCACAUAAAAGAGUGUUGAAAAAUAUGUACAAUUUUUUAAAGUUUGGACAGUUACCUCAUGAAAAAAUAUCUCAUCAAAAAGAGGAUCUUAAUAAUCUUAGAACGGAUGAUCAUCGUAUGUUUGUUCCUGAGGAAAAAACGAUGCCUGUUUUAUCAUUUAAAAAUGUCGCCGCAGUUCAACAAAAUGAAGAGAAAACAAAAAGCCGAACAAAUAUAUAUCAAACAGAUUGUUUCGGCGAUAAAAUAUCAUCAUCAACAGAAAACGCCCCUAGUACAUCACAUUAUACAUUAAAUACAUCAAAUGAUAGUAAUAAUAAUAAUAAUGUGGAAUUUCAAAGUAUUCCAUCAGGUGAUAAAAUUCAAAGUUCAUCGUCGCAUGGCAGUCACAAAAUGAAAGCUCAUCUUCGUCGUUGGAUAGCUAAACAAGAACAUUUACGUCAUAGAAGCCUAAAAGAAAAUCGUUCAUUUGAAAUUUUACUUCAGGAGUACUAUGAAAGACGUCAGAAACGUUUAGAUAAAAAUAAACCAAAGCAAGUUGAAGAUUUUCUACAAUCUGAACCAAACAAAGGAGAAGGAAAGCACUUUAUCGAAAUUCGUUUAAUACGUACAUCUUCACCAACAGAUAUCGAUUAUGAAUCUCGUAUAAAAUUAUCUCAUAGAAUUUAUGAACAAUAUCAAAUUCAUAUACAUAAAGAUGAGAAAGAAGAUUGUACUUGGGAGAAAUUUCAACGUUUCUUAGUUAAAUCUCCAUUAGUAUUGGACGAUUUUGAAUGGAAUUCAACUUCACCAAUGUUUGGUUCUUAUCAUCAACAAUAUUGGCUUGAUGGUGAAAAAUUGAUUGCUGUCGGUGUUAUCGAUCUACUUCCACGAUGUCUUUCAUCUGUUUAUGUUUUCUAUGAUCCGAACUAUUCAUUUCUUCAUCUUGGUACAUAUACUGCUUUACGUGAAAUUGCAUUUGUUCGUUAUUUAUCUAAUACUUAUGGUUUAAAUUCAAUUCAAUCCGAUGUAUUAUAUCAAAAUUUUAAUUCAUAUUAUAUGGGUUAUUAUAUUCAUUCAUGUUGUAAAAUGUCAUAUAAAUCACAAUAUGGUCCUGCUUAUUUAGCAUGUUCUGAAACCUAUAAUUGGAUACCUAUUAAACAUUGUAUACAAUUAUUAAAUCAAUUAAAAUUAAAUAAUCAUUAUACAAGAUUUUCAUCUCUAUCUUCAAUUGAUGUAAAUUCAAUUCCUUACAAUGAUAAUACAUCGUCAUCGUCAUCGUCGAAAACAAUCAGUAGUAAAGAAGAUUUCAUGAAUCAUACACCAGUAUCUCUUUAUAAUUUACGUUCAUAUUUAAAUAAACAAGUUAUUCCUAUAUUUCGUGAAUGGGCUAAAUUAUUAGGUAAACGUGUAUUAUCUGGACAUUUUCAAAUUAUUAUACAUUCAAAUUAA